CGACGUCAUUUCUCGCCUCUUCCUCUCUGUCAUUAUACACAUAUCCGAGUUGUCCUUGAGCGGAACAUCACUGGCAAAAUGGUUGCAUACUGGAGACAAGCGGGCCUUAGCUACAUUCGCUUCUCUGCGAUCUGCGCGAGUGCAGUACGCGCGGCACUGAAACCACAGUUCAAAGUUGAGGCAAUGAAAGUUGCAGAGUCCAGCGUCAAAGUCUACGUCCCAAAGGCUAUAGCAUGAUCUGAAUACAACAUGUAGUGGAUGUUCUUCGGGACCAAGAGGAUUUUUCACUGUCCUGGCCAACAUGCAAGGGUUAAAUCUAGAUUUGUGGAUAGAUGGGGGACCUAACAGAAUGGACAUGUUGUUUUUCCUUUCAUUUGUAAUUAAGAAAAUGAAUUAAAAUUACUAUCUAAAA